CACACACACACACACACACCAGGUGGGAGUGGAGAGAGAAAGAGACAGACACCUACGAGAUACACAGCAUUUCAAUAGCUGAAAGAUGAGGCAGGACAUGAUAAGGGCUGAUUUACAGCAGAAAAUUCAGACAAGAGAACAGAAGAUUUCUGAAGUCACAUCAUCUGUAAAAGCCUGCAAGGGCGGCUUGGAUGCCGAAUGGCUGGAGAUCAACAGCGUUUUCUCAGAGGUGAUGAAAGUCGUGGAGGACUCUCGGAAGAAAGCCCUUCAACCUCUGGAGGAGAGGAGAAAGAGAGUGAGUAGAGAAGGACUACAUCUGGUCAAAAAGCUGCAGAAGGAAAUUGACAAAAUCAGGAAGACCAUUGAUGAGUUGGAAGAAAAUGGCGACUGGCAGGGUCUUCCUAAAACAUUCCUGGAUGAAUCUCGAGAUUGGAAACAUUUAACUGUUGACACUUCAUUCUCCUUUGGGUCACUGAGAACUACAAUAUCAAGCAUGAUGGAACAAAUUCACCAGGAACUGGAAAAACUCUCUCCUGUUGAACUCAAGAGGAGUCGCACGCCCACACUACGCCAUCACAACAAACAACACGUGAAUCUGACCAAUCUCCUUCCACUCCCCCGGUCCACACAACCCCUCCCAAUGCAACGUCACCUCAGAGCAGCCCUGCUCAACACACGCUCCAUCCACAUUAAAAGCCACAUUCUGAAUGAAUUCAUUAAAGACAAAAACCUGGACUUUCUGUAUCUGACCGAAACGUGGCAAAAACCCCAGGACUAUUUUUCUUUAAAUCAAAUCACCCCAGCAGGAUUCACAUGCAUUGACAAACCUCGCCCCACAAGGGGUGGUGGUAUAGCUGCUAUUUUCAGAAAGGAAAUAAAAACUACCAAAAUCUCCAUCCCUGAGGUUUCUUCAUUUGAACACCUGAUCUUCAAACUCUCUGGUCCCACUCCCCUGGUCACAGCCAUCAUCUACCGUCCCCCGAAGCCAAACCCCUCCUUUCUCUCCGACCUCUCUGACAUUCUCGCUCAGCUUUCUGCUGGAAAUUCUCUCAACACAUCAACUUCCCAACACACAUCCGUGGUCACACCCUGGACUUGAUCUGCUCCACUGGUUUCACCAUCCCUCAUCUGUCCAGCCUCGAUCUCCACAACUGUGAUCACAAGGCCAUCAUCAUGGACAUCAACAUCCCCAUCCCCGCCCAAAAGUAAAAACGCACAAUAACCUACAGAAAUCUCAAAUCCAUCUCACCUUCAGCAAUCACUGCCUCCAUUACCUGCAAGAUGUCUGUCUGUCUGUCUGUCUGUCUGUCUGUCUGUCUGUCUCCCCCUCCCCCCCACACACUUUCUGAAAACCCAUCUGAACUUGUGGACUAUUAUAACCAACCCGGUAUCACGGCAAGACGUGAACAUGUGACGAUUUACCAUGCUGGGAGACGUGAAGAUGUCACGAUUUCGUCCCUUCAAACGUGACAGUUACACCGU